AAAAUCUAUAUUAAAAUGAAUUCUUUGAUAGACGUCAAUAUGCAAAUGUCUGCGGAAGCAGCUUCUGACCCUAAAUUAGGCGGUCAACAGGAAAAAAAUAUAAAACUUAUGAGUACAAACUUCAGCGACAAUGUGUCCGCGCAAACAGAAUUUGAUGACAAAACGAGUACAAAAACCGUAGGAACCGAAUUUGGAGAUGAGAGGAACUCUAGUAAUAAAAGUGCAAAACGUACUUCCAUCUCAAUAAGCUUAGCUCCGAAACUUCUGGUAGAAAACGAUAACGAUAUAUCGGAAUUCGUAAAAGCUUACAGGGGAUCUAUUAUGAGACAAUCAGUGAGAGCAUCCAUACUUUCAAAAAGAAGCAAUGUAUCUCGAAGUUCGAAAGCUGGCCAAUAUAACGAACGAAAAAGUGUCACUUACGAAGCAAAACUGGUUAAGUUGGGGCCACGUGAUGAAACCAUAAGGAAAUCAUCAGAAGUUUCAUUCGGCAAAAAAUCGUUAGAAGAAGACAAUCUGGCUUCAAGGAGGAGCUCAAGGUACCAACACGAAGAUCAAAUAACCAAAAACAAGAAAAGAUCAAGUGCCGUAUUGGAAUUCCCUGAGCAUCACUCAGAUCACCAGUUUGCAGAUAUUUUGAGACAGUCACUAAGAAGUUCGUUGAUGCCAGAUAUAGUUGGUCGAUAUAAUGAAAGAAAAAGUGUCACUUAUGAAACAUUUAAUGAACGAAGAAGAAAAUCUUCGCAAGUCCUGUACGGAAAAAAAUCAUUAGAAGACACCAAUUUGCCUUCAAGAAAAAGUCUGGGACACCAAGACGACAUUUUGAGACAGUCACUAAGAAGUUCGUUGAUUCCAGAUAAAGUUGGUCGAUAUAACGAAAGAAAAAGUGUCACUUAUGAAACAUUUAAUGAACGAAGAAGAAAAUCUUCGCAAGUCCUGUUUGGAAAAAAGUCAUUAGAAGACACCAAUUUGCCUCUAAGAAAAAGUCUGGGACACCAAGAUGACAUACCUAGUACAAUGAUAGAAUUACCCACCGAUGAUUUGAAAAAUCACCUUUCAGAGCAUCAAAUUGUGGACAUUUUAAGGCAGUCUUUAAGAAAAUCACUUAUUCCAGAAAAUAUCGAUGGUUAUGGGGGUUCAAAGGUUGGAAGAAAGAGUGUGGAACAGUCACAGUCCUCAGCUAGCUCAAUCGAAAGUGUGAGUGAUGCUUCUACCACCCAUCAAAAGUCAUCUGAAGGCCAAAAGACCUAUAUUGAGAUGCUAGGAGCUAGUGAGAUUGGUACAUAUGGCAGAUUAUCUAUAGCCGAGUUCAACAACUUUGAAGAGGCUGAAGAUUUUGAAGAAAUCCAUUCCCAAAGCGAAAAAUACGCUUCAACUGACAAUAUAGAUAAGGAAGUUAGUUUCAAGAUGGAACCCAGAGAAGAAAUCCAGGAAAUCGUCCUACUACAUGGUGCAGUUAAAAAUUUAGGAGGCAGUAUUUCGUCAAAAUCGAAAAAAUCGAGCAUCUAUUCCAAAGACGACAACGAUUCUACGUCUGAUGAAACAUCAGAAGAUUCAGGGAUUAGUAUCAGUGAUAAUUCAGACGCGUAUGGUGGUAGAUUUGAUUUUACUUACAAGUAUAAGGGAUAUACUGACAUCCAGUGUCUUCGGACCAACUUUGGACAUUUGAAAUGGUUAUCGAUGGGCUCGAGAGAAUACUGUGGAUAUUUCCAGUACAAUAAUCUCCACGGAGAGGGAUAUUAUUUCAUAAAGAAAGAAGGUUGUUUGAAUUUUUACGAAGGGAAGUUCUACAACAAUAAACUACAUGGCUAUGGUCAGAUAAUAUACAACAAUGGUGACAAAUUCGAAGGUCUAUUCAGUGAAAAUAUCCGCUUCGGACCAGGCGUUCGAACUCAUGGCGAUGGCAGCCAAGACGUCGGCAUGUGGCUCGGAAAUUGGAUAUUAAGACUGAGCACGUGCAGCUCUGAUAUAAUUCCACUGCUGGGUAAGAGCACUCCAGCUAAACUGAAGCUGUUAGAGUACAAAAAGAUCAUACCGGUGACCCCAGCCAAAGAAAAUAUCGCGGAAUCGAUUUUGAAGGACCUAGACGCCGAUGAAACAACCAGAAAAAGGUUCAAAGAGUUGUACAAUCCUCACGUGAGAAAUGCCCACAGCAUUUUCUUCGAUAAAUCCCAAUACGAUUUCUCCUAUUUCGGUUCUGAAGAUUGCAACAUAGAUGUGAUGGAUGAUAACGCAGCAUUACUUGAUUUUGUUUGGUCUAAACAGAAAUUUUUGGACGAAAGACCCACUAUAAAAGUGAAGCAUACUAAGGAGAUGGAGAAAGCUUUGAGACGCCUGAAGAAAAAGAUCGAAAAUCUGAAAGCACAAUGGGGGAAAAACAACGAAUUAGAGGAAUUUGGCGAAGAAAUGCCGAAUCACAUCUUGAACAACGAGAAUGACGGUAAUUCCUCAUCAUGCGAGGUUUCAUUCUUGAAAAACGUCCUCCAAUUUCUAGAAUUUAAACUGAAUAGGUGCGUAAACGAAAAGAAACCUCUUCGAAAUACAACCAAAAUCGUGGUGGACUCAAUAUUAUCGUGGAAUAACGACCAAACCCUAGUUGACUUACUACGCCACUGCUUCCUUUGUCGCAAGAGCGAGGGAAACGUCAGUUUCAACGCCAAAAACGUCAUAAUCGGACACCGCACUAAUUUCAACCAACCAGGGAGGCACGAAAAGAACUGUUCGAACUUUUUGGACGUGUGUGCAUCAUCGGACGUUACCAGCGCCCUCCAGCUUCUAGCAAACGAGAAUAUCAAUCCGAAUUUACGCGACUCUAGAGGCAACACGGGGUUGCACUUGGCCACGUGGAGAAACGACACGAACAUCAUACGAACUCUGGCUAACCACGGCGUCAACCUAGACUGCGUCAACGACGAAGGGGUCACACCCUUGAAUUUAUGCCUGCUGCAACACCUUGAGUCCGUCUACGACGUGACCAGUUGGGACGUGUCCUUCCUGGAUUUAUCUGGAUUCACAAGAGGUGAACACUUGUCUAGUUUGAGACCAAACGCAGCGAUCUUGAGUCUGUUGCAAGCGAACCUUUCCGAGGCGACUAUGUUCAGACGGAGUUCAACGAAAUUCGGUAAAGGACGAAGGUUUUCUUCGAAGCAGAAAGCCAGCAGGACCUCCUGUCAGACCCUUGCCACUAGCAGCAAGGCUUCGAUCUUACCGGGACGUUUUAUAUUCUCCUUGCAAUAUACGCCUUCCUCUGGGCGGUUUGCCACAGUUUCAGAGAAAGAUGAAGAGUCUGUGGCUGGCAAAAGCAGUUCAAACUCGAAAGAGUGUGCGAGAGACCCUAGGAGGUUAACUCAAGAGACGCAAAUCUUGGCAACCCUCAAGACUUUGCUACAUUACGGUGCUGAUCCAAACAAUAAAGAUGGCGUUCCAUACUCACCUCUGUUUCUAGCCCUUUUCACUAGAUCUCCACAGAUUCUCGAGUCUUUCCUGAGUGGAAAGGCUGAUCCUAAUCUGAAGCUACAAGGGAUGACUCCGAUUCAAGUGGUUUCUUGCCUGGAACCCAGCGAAGAGAACUGUGAACUCAUGCGGAUGCUGAUAGAUAGAAAAGCUGAUCCUAACAUCUUAUCUGAUCCAGACAUCUGGAAAGAGUGCGAUGAACACUUACUAGGCGAUUAUGAACCGGUUAAUGAGGUACAGAAACGUGGAAAGAACGCUCUGCAUUUCAUUUGUCUCAGGGAGGACUUCACAAGCGCCAACGACAAUUUCCUGUGCAAGAUGGCCGAGAUGCUCAUUCUCGCUAACGUGGACACUCAAAGCCUCUACCUCGGACACUCGCAUUUGAGCAUGGCUGUUACCAAAGGGAACCUUGGCUUGGUGGAGGUUUUGGUGAGGUUCGUAGAUGCAGGAAGACCUUUAGGUUUCGGGUUGGGAAACUCACUAACAAUCCUCGCCUUACCCAGGUAUCAUAACAUCCUACCACCCUUCUUCGUAUGCCAGAAAAUCAUGGAUAUCCUUUUGACCAAAAUCUCACCAUUCGAUCCUCUCUACUGCCAUCGUAAUAUCUUCGAAUUCCUCGACUCCCAUUCAUCUUCAAACACUCAAGAUAAUCCACAGGAAUGGAAUAAAUACGCCAGUUAUAUCAAAUCGAUUCAAGUUUUCCUGAGCACUGAUCCAACAAAGGAAAGCGGAAAGAGUUCUCAGGAAUUAUCCAGAGUCUAUUUGCAAGAAGAAUCCAGGAAGAUCCUAGACGUCAUCAACAAAUUCAAGGCCGUCUUUUAUUUGUAUUGCUUCAUUAAAGAAGGACCCCCUAACAAAUACACAAACCAUCUGGCCAAAUUUCUCAUUAGCUCAGAUGAAUCCUUGAGAUAUAUAAAGUACAUUUUCAAUGAAGACAAAAUGUCGCACUCUCGUUUCUCCCCACUGCUCAUCGCAGAACUGAUGACUUACGUGGAUGGCGUUAAUAAAGUGAAGAAAACAAUCGAAAUAAAACAGGAAGAGAUGAAUAAUGCUUCGCGAAAAAUCGACGAGAUGUCUCUGGCCAGCAAAAAGUCCCAGCGUGUCGUAAAACCGAGGAUUAGAGGCUACAACAUUGACGACUAUCUCAAAGACUUGGAGGACUCCAAAUUCGAAGAGGAUGACGUUGAUGUUGAACAGAUAAGGAGAUGGGUAACUGAAGAAAAUGUAAAAAAAUGCGACGUUUGCUAUUUUUGCAUGCAGCGUGAAGACAAGGUCCUUUUGAAGUGUCCCAAUUGCGGUAUCGUUAAAUUUUGCUCUAAAAGAUGCAACUUUCUGAGCCUCCAAUUGAACAGCUGUCAUCGUUGUCCUGGUAUCUUUUACCAAGACAUUCACAAAAAAUACAAAGAAUUAAUUAACAAGAACCAACCGGUUCCGAUAUAUGGGAUUGACUUAGCGUUCAACACUUUGAUAGAUGAAAAAGUACACACUGAAACCCCAGUGACACCCAAGAUAAUUCCUGGAAAAAAGGGCAAUAUCACUUUGGAUAUUCAUACUAGCAAACAUUUAAAAAUAAGGUUACGCAGUGGCGAAGAUUCAACGAAUAAAGAAAGAUUUUCACCAUCAAUCAGUAAUACAGUAAAACAACACUACACAUGUAGAAUGAAUAAAGAAGAAACAAAAUAUUUAGCAAACAAUUCAUCACAAAAAAUGAUUGAUCUUGACGUGUUGAAGUCAAAUUCUUAUUUGGAACUUGACGAACAAGAAUCUGAAGUGAGAAAAGAAGGUUCUUUCAUUCUUCAAUUUCCAAGAAUGGAGAAAAAAGAAAAGGGUUCUAGAAGAAAACCUAUUGGCCGAAAAAGUAGGAGAGCCUGUGAAAUGGUUGCGUUUCCCUCUAUUCACGAUGAGAUAAGCAAAGGGACAUGCGAGAAACAAUCGAAAAACGAAAUUAAUUUUUUUGUAGAAAGAGGUUGUAUAAAAGGAAAAUGUGAAUCUUUGAAAACCGCCGAUGAAAAAUUUGCCUUACAAGCAUACCGAUAUUUUCUCAGGAACGUUUCAGAUUUAGAUGUUGAAUCUCUUUUUUUGCCUUUCACGUGCUAUAGUAAAGGAAAACUCUUUCAUAGAUUACCUAGUGAUUCUUUCUCUUUUUAUCAGUCUUUCUUCAGCUGAGGAGAUUUUCUCUUUUAUAUUUAUACAUAAGAUUUAUACCUUAUCAAUCUUUUUAAUUAUCACCCCUUUACUUUAAAAUAUCUAAUUAUAUAAUGUAAUAUAUUUUCUGUAUUUCAGUCAGACUGUUUAAUUAUUUACAUUUAUUAUAUGUUUAAGUAUAUGCGGUUAUUAUUAUUAUUGUAUUUUAUGCUUAAUUGAAUCAGUGCAAGUUUGUCAAAUGCAUCAAUAAA